AUGAAGUACUCGAUUACAUCUGGUCUCUUGCUAGCUACCUCUCUGUCUACAGUGGAGGCAGAGCGUGUGCUGGGUGCUUAUAUCUUUGCGCGUCAUGGUGACAGAACCCCCAAGGUCUUUGGUAGCACCCAAUUGACUGAUCUGGGUUACCGUGAGGUCUUUGACGCUGGUUCAUUCUAUAAUCAGCGUUAUAUUUCCGACAACUCCUCCAAGCAGAUUGAGGGAAUCAACCCAGAGGUCGUCAGCGCCAAGCAGAUUAGUGCUACUGCUCCUUCGGAUGCUGUGUUGCAAAACUCCGCCACUGGCUUCUUGCAGGGUGUAUACCCUCCUGUUGGAACAGUAGCUUCCCAGACUCUGGCCAAUGGCUCUUCAGUCGAGGCUCCGUUGGGCGGCUACCAGCUCAUCCAGCUGUCGACAUCGACGACGAGCAAGAACAGUGAGGACGCUACUUGGUUGCAGGGUUCCAGCGGUUGCCAAAAGGCAACCCUGAGCAGCAACAAUUACUUUACAUCGGAAUCAUACACAUCUCUGCUGUCUUCCACCCAGGAUUUCUACAAGUCUCUCUCGCCCAUGCUGGACGGGGCCUUUUCUUCCUCUCAGAUGUCCUUCAAAAAUGCCUACACCAUCUUUGACUACCUUAAUGUCGGCAACAUUCACAACUCCACCUCUACUUUCCCUCACAAGUCCGAUCUGACUGAUGAGGUCUACCACCAGUUGAUCUCCCUGGCCGGUAGCCAUGAGUUCAACUUGGCCUAUAACGCCUCUGAAAAGGUGCGCGCCAUCGACGGUGCUGUUCUGGCAGGUGAAAUUCUGGCAGGCCUCAACGACACCAUUGCCACAAAGGGCAAGUCCAAGCUGAACGUCGGAUUCGGCUCAUACGGCACUAUCUUCUCGCUCUUCGGCCUGCUGCAGAUGCCUGCUGCCUCGGUCAAUUUCACCGGUAUCCCAGACUAUGCCUCAUCCAUGGUCUUCGAGCUGGUGACCAAUGCCACUGGUACUGAUUUCCCAUCGGCAUCCGACCUCAGUGUGCGCUUCAUGUUCCACAACGGUACCCUCACCGGUGGAGCUGAGCCCGCCGUCUACCCGUUGUAUGGCCAGUCCAGCGAGCUCCUCUCAUGGGACGACUUCUCCAAGAAGACCAAGGAGAUUGCAGUGACCUCUGAUGAAGAUUGGUGCAGCUUGUGUGGCAACACAGAUGGCAAGUGCGCCAGCUCCGAUAAUGCCACCACCUCCAGCUCCCCCAGCACUAGCACCAGCGGCUCAGGCAUGUCUCUGGCUGUUGCCGGUGUAAUUGGCGCCAUGGUCACUCUCGCUGUGAUUCUUGGUUUGCAGGCCCUGUUCUUCUUGGUUGGUGGAUUCCGCAUCGCCAAGCGGAACAAGGCCGGUCCUGAGAUGAGCUCACCGGCUGUUGUUGAGGCGGAUAAGAAGGCUUAA